GGGGAGGACAGAGUUGGAACUGCAUAAAAAACGUGCCCAAAAGUUCCUAAGUGUAUUGUACUGACCAAAGGCCAUGACAGACUUGUAGCAAUAGCAUUCAUAAGAUAAAGCAGAGGAUAUGAGCCAACAUCCAUGAUGAAAGAGAAGGAAGAUAACAGACACAAGCAAGAUUAAACCUAGCUUGAUUUCAAAUUAAACCCCCAAAUCACCAAAGUAAUGUACAAGCUAUUUUAUCUAACAGCUUUUUCCUGAUUCGUUUUGCAGCCAAUGCAUUGGGGUCUGCUGUCUGUGUUACAAAGAUUAUGAGAAGAAUGGGUUAGGAGUUGAAAGCUACCACAUUCUAGGAGGGAGAAUCUAUUGCGCAGAUGGCUGGUUGUGAAGAUGAAUCCCAAUACACCAUUUAGUGGACAGCCACCUGGAGUUUUCCAGACUCCACCUGGCACUUCAGCAGGAAUAUUUCCAGUUCAGCCACCAUUCCAGUUCAGUCAGCUUCCUGUCUUUGGGCAGAACACUGGUGGACUAUUAAAGAAUCCAGGGUUUGCACCCCACUCUGACUUCACCAUAACUUCAGGACUGCAACCUUCAGGGCAAGGUUUAGGAUUUGGGCAACCCCCAGGAUUUACCCAGCCUUUUUCCCUUGGACAAACGACUUCCUUUGUGACUUCUCUGCCAACUAGCUCUUCCAUUGCUGGCAAGCAAGGAUUCAAUUUUAAUCCACCUACGAAUCUUGGGGGUUCUCAGAAUACUUCUAGCUUUGGAGCUACGUCUGGAGAAACUUCUGGCAGUAGUUUUGGGAGGCCACAUUUCAGCUUCAAACCCCCCGAGAAUGCUUUGUUUCAGCCUAUCUUUGGCACUGGUUCAGAACAAGAGAAACUGCCAAAUCAGAUAAUGCCAACUCCAUUCACAUUUUCCUUACCAGGUAGUAGUGGAUCUGGAAGCGUAGCCCCCUUUGGUAUUUCUCAAGAGAGCAGCAGUUCAAGUGUAAAUACAAGCAUCAGCUUUUCAAAACCAGCAAGCAGCAAUACUUUAGUGCCUUCAUUCAGUAGUCCUUUACCAAGCAAGAUCGCAGAGGAUGAUAAAAAAAGGCCAAUAAGUCACUUUGGAAACCCUGGUAGUUUUACCUCUUUUUCUAACUCAUCUGUUGGCUCUUUGGGUCAAAUUAAUAAAAUAAGCAAACCAGAACAUGAAGAAUUGCUACCUUCAGGUGAGUCACUUCCGAUCCUUAGGAAGGGAAAAAAGAGGAAAGAAGAGCAGGAGCCUUCUCCAAGAAGACAUGAUUAUGAUGCUGUGGAUGAGCCAGAGCUGCUGGCAAGGAGCGAACAUUCUUCCGUUAAGCCGCCAGUCAAGCUGAAUCGGCCCCGUGGAGGUGGCCUCUUUAACAGAACAUUGCAAGAUAUGCUGAAAAGCAAUAAGAAGGAGUCCAAAAUGGAAAGAGUUUCUCUAGAAUCUGGAGAAAUUGAGCAGACGAGUAUGGCAGGGGGAACUCAGUCUGGUUUUGCAAUGGUUAGGUCAUCAGCAACAAAGAAAAAGGAAGAAAAUAAGGCAGCACUGAAGGAAGAGUCUACCAUCUCCAACCCUUUGAGGCGAAAUCAGAACAGGGGGAGCACAGAUAGCCUUGGAGGCUUGUCAUCAAGUGACCUUACAGUCAUCCAGUACAAAAAUAUUCCGGACCAUCUAAAUAACAGAAACGUUCUUGAGAAUCACUUGAAGAAAUUUAUUCGAUUCCAACGGAUCCGUACCAAUGUAAACAAAAAGCUGGCUAUUGUACACUGUUUUGAUCAUGCAUCUGCAGUUUUGGCUAAGAAGAAGGCAAAGGAGUUACAUAAAGAAAUAGUGGCCUUUUGGCACAAGAAGAAAGCAAGUCCUAAUAAGAAAGACUAUUCCUCUAAGGAGCAGAAGGCAGACGAAAGUGAAGGGAGGCAAGCCAGUGAACAACUGAGUCAUCAGCAUUCUCCACAUAGCAAGUCCUUAAUCCGUUCCACUGGUAGUGGAAACUUGUCAAACAAAAGUUCUCCAGCUAAGAAGCAAGGCCUUAAAAAGUCUCUGCAGUUUGAAGCCUAUGCCUUUGACUCGGGUUCUGAAGGCCAUGGUCCAGAGAUUUUUGAAGCCUCAGCAUCCUCUCUUAGCAGCCUUGUGGGCCUGGUGGCUGAGACCUCUGAGGACAAAUAUCGUGUUCUAGACCAGAGAGAUAAAAUCAUGCGACAAGCUCGAGUAAAACAAAUAGAUCUUGGCAAAGCUAAAACAUUCGUUGGCACAUGCCCAGACAUGUGUCCAGAAAAAGAGCGUUAUAUGAGAGAGACGAGGAACCAGCUUAGUAUCUUUGAAGUGGUCCCAGGAACUGACAAGGUUGACCAUGCAGCAGCAAUAAAGGAGUACAGCAGGUCUUCAGCAGACCAGGAGGAACCUUUACCACAUGAACUGAGGCCUUCAGAGGUGUUGAGUAUGACCAUGGACUACUUAGUGACGCAAAUUAUGGACAAAGGAGAAGGAAACUACCGGGAGUGGUACGAUUUUGUAUGGGAUAGAACUCGUGGAAUAAGGAAGGAUAUAACCCAACAACAUCUCUGCUGCCCUGUAACUGUUUCCUUGAUGGAGAAAUGUACCCGUUUUCAUAUCCACUGUUCCCACCAUUUAUGCGAAGAGCCGAUGUCUUCUUUUGAUGCCAAAAUCAACAAUGAGAACAUGACUAAAUGCCUCCAGAGCCUGAAGGAAAUGUAUCAGGACCUUGCAAUCAAGGGUAUUUACUGCAAGAGCGAAGCAGAAUUCAGAGGAUAUAAUGUCCUCCUGAAUCUCAACAAGGGGGAUAUUCUCAGAGAAGUGCAACAGUUUCGUCCAGAUGUCCGAAACUCCACUGAAGUUAGAUUUGCAGUUCAAGCCUUUGCUGCUUUGAACAGCAAUAACUUUGUAAGGUUUUUCAAACUUGUGCAAACAGCUUCUUACCUGAAUGCAUGCUUGUUACACUGCUAUUUCAGCCAGAUUCGUAGAGAUGCUUUAAGGUCUCUCAAUAUUGCUUAUACUGUGAGCACUCAGAGGUCCACCAUCUUUCCUCUCGAUAAUGUGGUCCGCAUGCUGCUGUUUAAAGACUUUGAAGAGGCUACUGAUUUUAUAAGUUACUAUGGCCUGAGUGUUUCUGAUGGUUUUGUGGAGUUGAAUCGGUCUGCUUUUCUGGAACCGGAAAGCUUGCCCAAGCCCAAGAAAUCCCUGUUUGUUGGGCAGAAGCUAACUGCUUCCGUUGGGGAAAUUGUCAGCGGGGGAGUUUUACCACCUGUGAUUCGCCACAUACCUUUGUGUAGCUUUAACGCACAGAACAAAUACACAGGGGAGAGUGCUGCAGUGGACUCGGCCAGCAGUAGUCAGAAAGCCAGUGUUGAGGCAACAGAAACAAGAGCAGAAGACAGUAGUGUAGACCUGGAAGUCCUUCGAGCUCAGCCUCCGUUGUUGCUUUUACCACUUGUACCAGCACCUUUGCCUUCUGCUACAGGGUCCACUUUUCGGCCAAUUUCACAACCUUCUCUUCCUCCGCCUCCUCCCAAGCUUCAGCCUGUUUACAGUGAUAUGGACAUUGCCGAAGUGGUUGAAGACCUUGUUCAUGAUGUGCUAGAAGGCGAAUGCAGAGAAAUUGGCUCCAUAGGAGCAGCCUAUGUACAGACAGCAAUAUGGAUCUCCAAUGUUACUACAGAUGAAAUCAUGACAGAUGUGAUGCUGGGAAUCUUAAGGCAAAUUGCGUCAGAUGUAAUCAGUGCAGAAAAACUGAGACUUGAAGAGGAAAGACGCCGUGCUGAAGAAGAGAGGCAGAGGCAGGAAAUGGAGCAGUUAAUGGAAAUGUUGAGCGACUCGCUGCGUAUGGCAUUGACAGAAGAAGUGGUGAAGGAAAUGGUGCAAGAGAUUUCAGCAAAGGAGUUAAAAUGUGCCCUGGAGAAAGACCAAAGAGCACGCGUUGCCCGCUGCUCCAAGGAAGUCUGUGCUGAAAUAAUGGGUGUAUUUUUGGAAGAUGAGAUUUUCCAGAGUGCUAAGGAGACCCUACAAGAACUCCAGUGUUUCUGCAAAUACUUACAACGAUGGAGGGAAGCUGUUGCAGCCCGGAAGAAAUUGAAGCGUCAGAUGAGAUCUUUCCCAGCGGCUCCCUGUUGUGUAGAUCCAAAACAUAAAUUGAAGGCUCUGUCUCCCAGCGCAGAAUGUCCUAUUGCCAGAGAGCACCUUGCUAAAACGAUUGUGAACUUGGGACAUGCAGGGAACCUUGGCAUCUCCUGUCUUAGGCUCAGAUGUUUACAGAACAAGGCAAUUCAUCAAAUGAAAGUGCAACAUUUUUACCACCAGUUAUUAAGGGAUGCAGUGUGGACUCCACUGGAUCUGCCAUCACUGGUAGCUGAAAACAUUCCAGUAAAAGAAAAAGAGGUUUUUUGGAAAGUACUUCUCGUGUUGCCAGGCUAUGAGGAAUGUCCAGUUGGGGAUCCCAGAAGAAUUAUAGCAGACUGGUUGAAAGCUAAGCUUAUGAUUGGUAAAAAUUUGAAGGAAGAUAUGUCUGUGGUGAAAGGUGGAAUCCAGACACUUGCAUUGCAUACUUCUCUUCAUAUGAAAAAUGACUGGGCUGCUUGUAUCAGUGUGUGCGUCAAGGUGACGGAGGGGACGCUCAGUCCCUCGGAGCUGAAUGACCCAGAGACCCAGAAGCAGCUGCUUGGCACGAGGGGGCUGGUUCUCCUUCUGUCUCCUCGAGUGAGCAGUGAGGAUGUUGUAGAGGAAGAGGUUUAUUGGCUUUCAGCCUUGCUGCAGCUCAAACGGAUCCUUCAGGCGAAACCUUUCCAACCAAUCGUCCCUCUGGUGGUUCUUGUCCCAAGUCAGGGGGAUGAAGCCAUAGAAAAAGAUGUAGAAGGAGGACUGAUGCUGCCAGAUUUGAUUUCGGCUAACCUUAUUUCAGGUUACAACAUAGUUGUCAUUCCAGAUUCUGUGAAUGGAUUGCAAGGUACCAGCAAGCUCUCUGAAGCUGUGCAGUGGCUGGUUGCUCAGUGCCCGAGCUCAGACAAGGUUCACUGCCAGACACUCAUGCAGUAUGUUGAAGACGGUGUGGACCGUGAGUUCAGUAAGCACUUCUACCAAGACAUGAAGGAGAGAUCCCUUGCUGGCUUGCCCUCUCAGGAUCCAAGUGCCAUAAUAGAGCUGUACAAUAGUGUGAUACAGUUCCUGGCUGAAGUCGCCUCUUCAGAAGAUCUCUGUGAACUCUCCUGGCCUGUACCUGAAUUUGCAGAGCCCGGGGGCAGCAAAGUGCUUCCGCAUCUCCAGUGGAACACCCCCAGCCAUCUGGGCUGGCUGAAGAAAGCCCUGCUCUCCUUCCAGAUCCCUCACAUGGAUCUCCCUCCUUUGGGUGCUCCCUGGCACCCUGUUUGUGCCAUGAUUUUCCAGUAUUUGUCCCAGACUACCAGUUCUCUUCAGACCCAGGAGAUACUUCAGUCUCAGGUAGAGAAUUUGCUGAGCAGAACUUACUUCAAGUGGAAAAGUAGGAAAUAUGCCAGCUCAGAAGACAAUGGCCCAUCUGUGGAAGAGAUCCCUUGGGACAGCAUCUUGGCACUAUGCAUUAACCAUAAAUUGAGAGACUGGAAACCUCCACAAAAGCCAAUAACACCAGAAGCAGUGAGCAAAGAUGGACAGACAUAUGUAUAUUUUUCUGAGGAGCAAUUGAGAAAAUUCACUCGUCCUGUUUUAUGGGAAGAAGCCAGAUUAAAAACUCAGAAAGAAGUCCAGCAAAGUGAAGGAUGGUCCAAAAUAAAAACUCAGUCUUUUGCUAAGCCAUAUUCUCAUUCAUUGUCUCCAAUGGAAUAUUGUGCCAGCCAGCAAACUGUGAACAACAAAGAACUAAGUAUUUCCAGUGGAGGAGAUCUAACACAGGCCAUUUCAGAAGCGGAUCAUCUCCCUGAGUACCUGUCUGCCAAGUUGCAACAGGAGAAAACAGAGAGCAGGAGAUUUGAGGAGCAGCUGCAGCAGUUGUUAGUGAAAGACUCUGAGACAUUCCAGGAUUUCCCCUCUCUUCCUCUGUACCUUCCUGAAACUCUGGUGGCUGUGCCUCAGAUUAUCCAUCCCCAAGCCAAAACACCAGUGUUGAGAAGCCCAGAGGCUGCAAGUUGGACAGAAUUGAGAGGCACAGAUACCUCUGUGUCACAAAGAUUUGCCUAUUUGAAACAACUAAUCAGGGCUAACAAAGAAGAAGAAAUGACUUGUGAGCUCCACCUGUCAACAUUGCUGGACAUGAUAGAUGCUUGAUCAGAGUUGACCCGAACGUGUGAGGCCAGAGAGCUCAUAAUGGAUGAUGAAUACACGAUUAGCCUACAAUUUCUGCGUAGAAAACAAUGGAUGCUUUUGUGGAUGAAUAGUUCUUUCCCUUUUGUGGAUGAAUAGUUCUUUCCCUAUCAUACAGUACUUGUAUACGUUUGCUCGAUUAUGUUACAUUUUCCUGAAGAUGAAUUUUACAUUUUAUGGUUUUACAUUUUAAUUUUAAUUUUGCUCUUUCCCUGUACCCACUUCCUUGGAGUGAGCCUCCUUAAAUGUGGUGUAAGCCUCAUUGAGCUCCUCCAUUCUCUUGAUGAAGCCAGCUCCUGGAGCCCACAUAGACAAGAGUUGAUUCUAUGCAUGGUGGGGAGCGAAAGAGGAGAUUGCCUCUGAUUCCAUAAUCAAAUCUCAAAUAUUUGUUUGGGAACUGGCCUGAUGCGUUUCUCGUUGCAUACAUAAGGCCCCAUUCAAAUAAUGUGCUCCCACAUGAAUGGUUGCUGCUGUUGGAGACAGGGCAAAUGUGUGAUUGGAUGCGAAGAUCAGGUCACUGUUGCUCAUGCUCUCCACCAUGUGUAGGAGAGACACUAUUGACUCGCCUGGUCACUUCAUCGACUUGGCUGCUGCUCUGAGAAAGUAUGACAACCCUUUAUCUGUGUUAUUUGCUCUGCAUGGACAAAAUGAAUUAUGAAUCCCUGGUGAUGCUGGCACUGCUGUGCAUACCUGUGUGGAAUUGACAUCGAUGGAGGAAUUUCCAUAUGUAGAGUUGCCUUAGUAAGAUUACUGCCUUGUCACAAAGGAGGCUCAGAUUGGAGGCUUACACAAUAAGAUGCUUUAGGGACUUAUGUUUUGGUACAUGCGUUCAGAGGUGUGUUAUCCGUGCUAUUACAGAUUUCUUGUCUUCAGCAGAGGCAAAUUAGGAGGAGCCAGAGAUCUCUCUUGAUAAAAACUGAAAAAAGUACUUGGUGUUGCAAAGGGCAGAUACCUGUAUAUAGAGAUCAAUUUCAGCAGAAGCUCUCACCCAGAGGUUGCAGCUCAUGUUGCAGAUUUACAUGAUUACCAUAAAUAUGAUGAAACCAGUGUGUGCUCUAAAACAGAAUGACCAAAGAUGAUUGGAUGCCGUGUUGUUUCCAUUUUACAUCAUGUAGUCCAAGGGCAGCUUGCUUUCACAUGGCAUUUAGGCACCAGAGUGCUCUGAUAAGAAUUCUCACCCUGGAUGGUUUCAAAUCCACCUGUUUGCAGUGCCAGCACAGGGUGCCGAAGCCUCUCAUGCAUUUUUGGGAUACUUACACUGCCAUUUUCAUUAAGGAAGGGAAACAAGUAAAUUGUAAGGUGGAAAGCGGGCGUAAAAAAUACUGUAGAACCCUGGAAAAUUUUGAAGCACCUUGAGAACACUAGAGUGCUUUUGUUAAAUUACCAUGGACAAUCUGGUUUGUGUAUGUGUUUUAGAAAUGUUCUGUCCUGCAUUUUGCUUAGAUUUUCACAUUAGGAAAUAAUUUAUUGUCUUAAGUCUGUAUCUUUAUCAAGAGGAAAGCCUGGGAAAAAAAAUUCUGAUAUGCAGAGCUUAUAAAGUUGGCAAGAGCUUCCUUUCCCAAGAAUCAGUAACUUCAUAUUCUUCAUAUUUAUUUUAAAUUUUGUGUUGCUUUCUGUUUUAAGUUGUGCUAUUUUACAGCGUCCUUUCUAGUUAAGUAUAAUGUGCAAUUUUCAUAAGUACAUUUAUACUGCGUUAGGCUAACCUCCAGUGCCCUGAUGCUUUCUUCCCAAUAUUUCAGAUAUUAUAUUUAGGUUUAGGGUCUACUGUAGCUAUUGUCUAAUAAAUAAAAACUAUUCUGACA